AGGAAAGUUUCCAGCUCGCGCAGUUUGUAUCUCCGGUACUCAGAGGUAUGGCGGUGUCGGAACUGGGUGGAGCGCGGCUGCGGAAUCGACUGCGCUAACGGAAAUAAACCCGAAUGUUGGUCGAGUUUGCACCCAAGCAGAGUGAUGGAGAGUCCCGGUCCCGGUUCGGUUGAGAAACCCAGCAAGGCGGCGGAGUGUCUGAGCGAACUGAACCGGAUCAUCGAGGCGCAGCACGAGCUCCUUGAGCGGCAGAAGGCGCGGAUCGCGGAGCUCGAGCUGCAGGUCUCCGAACUGCGCAGCCGCAACGCUCGCUUGCACGAGGAGUACGAAAGGCACCUGCGCACGUGCAGCCUGCAGCAGCAUCAGCAUCACAACAAUCACAGCAUCAGCAUCAGCUCUCUCUCUGCUUUAACAGCCAUCCAGGAGAAGUAA